AUGAGUACUCUGGCUCCACUUCCUGGACAACAGGGUCAUAUUGAUCCAGAAGAAAUAUUUCAGCGUCUUGAUCAUAUUGGUCGUGGUUCAUUUGGUGAAGUAUACAAAGGAAUCAAUAUAAAAUCAUCGAAUGUUGUUGCAAUCAAAAUAAUUGAUUUGGAAAAGGCUGAAGAUGAAAUAGAAGAUAUACAACAAGAAAUUCAAGUUUUAUCACAGUGUAAUUCACCAUUCAUAACAAAAUAUUUUGGGUCCUAUCUAAAGGGAACAAAACUAUGGAUAAUAAUGGAAUAUUUAGGUGGUGGUUCAGCAUUGGAUUUGAUGAAACCCGGUCCAUUCGAUGAACAAUAUAUCGCCAUUAUUUUACGUGAAGUUCUCAAAGGUCUUGAAUAUUUACAUACUGAAAAAAAGAUUCAUCGAGACAUUAAAGCUGCCAAUGUUUUAUUGUCUGAACAUGGAGAUGUGAAACUUGCUGAUUUUGGAGUUGCGAAACAAUUGACCGAUUCAGUAAAUAAAGGAAAUACAUUUGUGGGAACACCGUUUUGGAUGUCACCAGAAGUUAUUAUGCAACACAAAUAUGAUUAUUCUGCUGAUAUCUGGUCAUUAGGGAUAACAGCUAUUGAGCUAGCUAAAGGAGAACCACCCUAUUCUGAUCUUCAUCCAAUGAGAGUAUUACUUCAAAUACCAAAAAAUCCUCCACCACAGUUAACUGGAAAUUAUACUAAAGUAUUUCGAGAAUUUAUCGAAAGCUGCCUACAGAAAACACCUGAACAUGUGAUGGAAUUGAUCGAUCGUUAUCGACGAUGGAAAGACAGUCAUAAAAACGGCGGUUCAGAUAGUGGCUCUGAUUCAGAUGAAGAAAAACAGAAGAACAAAACAAUUGUUGGAGAUUGGAAUUUCACAGUGAAACCCUUGUCUGAUGGUGUCGUUAAACAACAUCGUCCACGGCAUGGUGGUCGCGGACCGUCUGAUACUGAUGAAGCCGAACAUUUUUUGUCUCAACCAUUGGCAGAAGUGAAACGUUCUGUUGAACUGAAUCCAGUGUUAAAAUCCAUAUUUUCAGAACUUUCUCAUCGUUUUAAUAUUCCAUCUUCAUCACCAUCGAAUGGUGUCGUUCAUUCAUCACUAUCACAACAAACGGGUCCUGAACUAUUUCAUGAUCUGUAUCAAAUGUUCGAAAACGCUCAGUUACGAUAUCCGGGUUUUAGUAAUGAGUUUAUUAAAACAUUACAUGAUCAUUUAUCAAAAGCAACAAUACCAAUCUCAUCCUCCUCUGUAGCAACAUCCACAAUAACAACGGAAAAUGAUAAUUUAUCCUCGAGCAAAUAUACUCUUGUUUUUAUAUGUUCAAGAUGUUUUUAUCGUGACAUAAUGACGUCACGUUCGAAAACUAUUGAAUCAUGGCAUAUACGUGCCUUGGCUUACGAAAAACUAACUCAAAAUUAUAGAAUAUUCACUGAUAUGUGUAUGGGACUAAUCGAUUUUGUCAUAGCACAUCAAAAUAUAUCUCCUAAUGAUAUGAAUGUACUCGAUUUGGCUGCUGGAAGUGGUUUAGUUUCAUCUAUUUUACUUGAGAAAUUAAAAAUAAAUUCUUUGUAUCUUGUUGAACCAGCUGAGGCUAUGUUACAAUUAGCAAUAGAAAAUUUACAUAAGAAAUAUGGAACAAAUUUACCAAAAUUAUAUCCAUUGAAAAUAUCUGCUGAAGAUUGUUUAACAAGCACUGAUUUACCGCAUCAUUACUUUACAUUUAUUUUAUGUAAUGCUUCAAUGCAUCUAAUGUCAGAGAAAGAAAUUUUUCCUAUUAUUACAAAAUUGUUAAAACCAAAUGGUUAUUUUCUCUACACAUUAUGGUAUCAUUCUUAUGCGGAUACAGUUCAUUUUGAAGAAACAAAUCAUCUAAAUAUAUCUCGUUCUUAUAUAAAUCAAGCAUUGUUAAAUUGUAAUUAUCCAAUUUAUUUUCAUGAUAAUGGAAAAAAAUUAAAAUAUGACACACAUGCUAGAACAAAAGCAGAUAUUGAACAACAAGCAAAUAUUAAUGGAUUAUAUUUGCAUAGUUGUGAUGUGACAAUGCAUCAAACACCUGUAAGUUUUGAUGUUGAUUUUGCCGCAAUGACAGACAAUUGGUUAAUUGAACAUAUUGAACAAUAUCGAACAUCAUCAACAUUGGAAGAUAGUCAUACAAUACGAAAGAAUAUUAUAGAAUGUGCUAAAUCAUUAAUGAAAGACACAUUUAUUCAGAUACCUACUGUUCGAAUUAUUAUUGGUAAAAUGUCAAAUUAUUUACGUUAUUAG